AUCAUGAAACUGGCGGAUUCUACAAAAAUACAGCCUUGCUGGACUGCCCUAUUUCUCAUUAUGAGUGCUCCACCAAAGACCGCAACCGGGAGCGGCAACGAGUCGUCAUUCACAGAGACAUACAGACUAUCUCGCAUCCCCGGAUCUUUCAGCACGUCAGAUGUGAAGGAACUCUUCAAUUUAGAUGAUCAACAGCUUAUUCGCAAUCCACUGUCUUUAGCUGAUUCCGUUAGUAGGUCGGGUCUGGAUGAAAAGGUCGCCACAGUAACUUUCUCGCGGAGACCAUCGUUCGCAGACAAGGCUAAGGUGUCACCUCGAGACCCACGUUCAUUCAAAUGUUGGGAGAACGUCCAGCCCUCUUGCGCUCAUGUUGCGCGCCAAAUACGCAUCGACAAUUCUUUCGAGGGCUUGACGCCGCUGAAUGACGUUGUCAUACAUGCAGAUACGGUCGAUAUUGUCGCAUGCACGGGUAUCUACGGAAGACCUUUCGUUAGCUGGCAGCAUUCAGAAGGAACCAUGUGGCUUCGAGAUUACCUCCCCAAGGAUUUACAAAACUGCCGCAUCCUGAUCUGGGGGAAACACUCGCAGUUUCAUCCGGGUCCAAAUCCUUCUCACGGAGUUGUAACACAUUAUCGAGACUCUUUGAUCGAUGACUUGUGUAGAUUGCGGGACAGUGGAUUUCAUAAGCAUCGACCGUUGAUCCUCAUGGGCCAUAGUUUUGGUGGUAUUUUAAUCAAGGCCGCUUUUGUCAAAGCCCAUCAAGACUAUCACGAGAUACGCGACACUAUUGGCGGCCUUGUGUUCUUUGGAACACCACACGAUGGCAUCUAUGUUAAGCCGUGGCUGGACAUUUGGGGAGAGAAUCCGUCUCAACAGCUAAUUAGAGAUCUGGGUCCUGGCUCAACUUUAUUGCGGAAUCUGCGAGAGAACUUCGAGAUGGCCGAUUCUGCUCGCAAGAUUGCAAAUUAUCGGGCAAUCAAGAACCACAUAUUGACAGUUCUUCCGGACAUCAAACAUUACAUUCAAUAUCGCCUUCAGAGAUCAACUUCUAGUCUUUUGAUGGCCGAAUCUUCGGAGCUUGAUAACAUCUGCUCCAUCUUUCGUCAAGCGAAGGGUAUUCGGCUCAGCUCAGGAACGCCGGCAUCUAGUAGUCUCCGUGAAGCAACCAAAGGACUUCAAGUUCUGUUCCGAGAAGGUAUUGCCAAGGCAGCAGCUACAGAAAUGCAAUUCAAAGAAAGGUUGCUAGGCAAUUAUAGCAGCGAGGGUGUCUGGGGGGAAUCGGAAGACAUAACUCAUUUGGGCAAUGCAGCGAUUCCUCAUAUAAUCCAGCUGAAGCAGGCUAUCCACGCCUCGUUUGGCAUGCAGAACUAUGACAUUCUGCAGACUUUCAUCAAAAGCGAUGAAGCGAAAUACCUCGGGUUAGACUUUGUCGUGCGAACCAAAGAAUUGUGGAGCAAAUUGGAUAAACAACCUGCAGCACCCCUCUUGGGUAAACUCAAAGACUUGGAGUGCAAAUCAGGACUGCAAACCGCAACAUGGUAUCCUACAAACGGUACUGUGGGAGAGCAUGUCAUCUACGAGCAUCGAAGCUACGCCAUACAGUCUUCUGGCAGCAAAUAUGAUCAAGAUAGCAAAAGGAUGGCGAGCCGGCAGCUUGCAGCUAUUCUCCAAGGUGUUUCCCAUAAGCCGGAAACAAGCGACCUUACGAAAAGUAUCUUGGAUCCGACCAUGUCAAUCUUCCGAUUCGUGGGUUAUAUUGACGAGCCGGAACACGAGCGCCUAGCAUUUCUGUACGCCGUACCGCAGUCUUCGCAGUUCUCGUCACGCGAGUGUAUUGCUCGCUCAAAAACUCUGGACAAGUGGCUCAGACCAGACACCAAACAAUAUAGUCUAGACUUCCCACGUCUGGAUGAAAGAUUUGCAAUCGCCUAUCAUGUCUGCCGGUCUGUCUUCAAUCAACACAUAUGUGGCUGGGUACACAAAAGUAUCCGGCCCGAUAACAUAGUCCUCGUACCCACGGGAACAAGUGAGUCGUCGGCAACGAAUGGCCGCACCCAUACGUAUAUACCCUAUCUGAAAGGGUUCGAAUACGCCAGAGCAACAGACACUCCUUCUGAUCGAUUGUCGCUUCCGGAUCAACAGAACGACGUAUACAGACAUCAAAACCGAAGAGGCAAUGAAGGCUUCGACAUGGAUUUCCAUCCCAUACACGAUAUCUAUGCUGUUGGAACUGUGUUGGUAGAGAUCGGGUUGGGCAAAUCUGUACGUGAUGUCAUCAAUUCAUUGAAGAACCCUCGCUCGGAGGGCAGAUACGAGGAGGACCUCGAACGUAUAAGCAAUGAAAAGCUCUCAGUGAUGCUGGGAGCACGGUAUGCCCAUUGCGCAAUCAAGUGCCUGCGGGGUUAUCGUGCACUGGGUGUAAACCCAGAAGAGAAAGACAUCAUGAAGCUGGCAUUUGCAUUUCGUAGCCAAAUUGUGGAUGAGCUGAUGCGUAUGGCUGUAGCCUGUGGAAGUCUAGUGUACCAAUGA